AUGGACUAUAAAUACGCACUGCUCCUCACAGCAACCUGCCAGCGGCCCAUGAAGCUUGCCUACGCCAUGAAGUUCCUGCUGUUCCUCUUCCUCGUCCUUCUCACCUUGGGGUCCCUGUGCACUGCCCAGUGUUACAUGAGAUCCCCAAACAAAUACGGCUGUGUUGAAAACAGAAAGCUGUAUCACUUCGGUGUAGUGUGGAAGACCAAGGAUUGUUUCAGAUGCGAAUGUCAGCCACGAGCAAUGAUCUGCUGCAGCCUCGUUUUCAGACCCACCAACUACGACCGAGAGAACUGCAUUGCCCUGUUCCACAGGAAGAGCUGCUCUAUGCGUGUGGUGUGGAAGAGUGAUCCUCAGGAACCCUGCAACGUCUUUGCCGGAGUUGGUUAA